AUGUCUCGGACGUCUGCGGAGGGGAUGGGGCACCCACGGUGGAGAUCAGCCCGACUGCCGAGUGGCCCGGCCUUCUUGUGUGCUGUGGGUCUCCCCCUCGCCCAGCAGGAUCCUCUCCCCUCAGCAGACACAUCUCUUACUUUUAGGCGGCGAGCCAUGAAAGGUCGUCUGUACUUUGCUGGAAGAUCACAGAAAGAAGGAAGAAUCCUGAUUCCAACCCACCCGUGUGCCCGGCUCUGCCCCUGUGACUGCUGCGGCUUCCAGAAGGUAGAUGCGGAGCAGUAUUACGCAGAGCUGGAGGAGAAGCUGACCGACGAGUUCACGGCGGAGAGGAACCGCAUUCCGCUGAAGAGACUGGGCUCUGCGUUUGUCACCUUCCAGGACGAGCGGAUGACUGCGGUAAUCAUCCAGGACUACCGCCGGCCACGAUGUAGACGAGCGCCCCAGCAGUCCUCAGUCACCCCAGUCCUCCAGUCUCACCAGUGGGGUGUGCAUUACGCUCCUGCGCCCAGUGAUGUGAUCUGGGAGAACCUGGCGGUGUCCGGGCCCACGUGGUGGCUGCGACUCGUGGCUCUGAACUUGGCCCUGUUCAUCCUGCUCUUCUUCCUGACCACACCGGCCGUCGUAGUCAGCACCAUGGACCGAUUCAACGUCACCCGUCCUGUGGAGAACCUACAGAACCCGGUCAUCACCCAGUUCCUGCCCACGCUGCUGCUGUGGGUCUUCUCCGUGUGCCUGCCCUUCCUGGUCUAUUAUUCCGCCUUCUUGGAAUGUCACUGGACGAGGUCUAAUGAGAACCAGCUGACGAUGCACAAGUGUUACCUGUUCCUGGUCUUCAUGGUUAUCGUACUGCCCUCUCUAGGGCUGACCAGCUUGGAUCUCUUCUUCCGAUGGCUUUUUGAUAUCCAUUUCGUGGAUUCUGCAAACCUGAAGUUCCAGUGUGUGUUUCUGCCAAACAAUGGGGCGUUCUUUGUGAACUACGUCAUCACGGCCAGCCUGAUAGGCACAGCCAUGGAGUUACUGCGCAUCCCCGGCCUCACCGUCUACGCAACGCGUCUGUGCUUGGCCAAGUCCGCCCCUGAGCGCCUCCAUGUGAAGCGGAGUCAGGCCUAUGAGUUCCAGUUCGGACUGGAGUACGCCUGGACCACGUGCGUCUUCUCUGUGGUGAUGACCUACAGCAUCACUUGUCCCAUCAUCGCCCCUUUUGGGUUGCUGUAUCUGCUGCUGAAACACAUGACGGACCGCUACAACAUCUACUACGCCUACAUCCCCACCAAGCUGAGCCCCCGCCUGCACGCCGCCGCCGCCCGCCAGCUGCUCGCCGCGCCAAUCUUCUGCAUCUUCUGGCUGCUCUUCUUCUCUGUCCUGCGGCUGGGGUCCACUCACCCGGUCACGCUCUUCACGCUCGCCUCUCUUCUCUGCUGCGUGCUCUUCUCCAUCCUCGGGCUUUGUCUCAGAAAAUUGCAACCAAAGAGACCAUCGAGCUAUCAGAUGUCAGAACAGGGGGAGGGGAUCAUCCAGGAGACGGAGAGCAGCAGUAUCUCGUCCACGCUGCAGUCCACGGUUUUUGUGGCGGCCGUGUUACAGGAGCAGGAGCUGUCCCCUCUGGGCUCCCCGGCCCACGCCUCCUACGGUGCGCUGGAGACCCGCGCGGACAGCCCAUCAGAAACACCAGAAGCGGAGCGCUCACAGGUCACCUACAUGACGGGGGCAUCCUGCACCGAGGAGGGCUCCCCCUGACCCCCGCCUAUGGAGGUCAGAGGUCAAACAUUGCCACCAUGGAUGGUCGAGUCUGUGACGCAUUGUGGGCAUCGGGCCCCGACCAGUGUAAGGUGCCCUCAUGUGCCAGAUAAGGUAAAGGGGUGUGGCUAAUCCUGGAGGCCCCUCCCAUUGUACAGCUGUGUUCCCUGGCUCCAGUCUGCACGGCGACCGCGCCGCUUUCAUCAAAAGAAGUUCAUUAAAAACGCUGAAUUUUGCCAAAUAUAUUUUAAAAGAAAAGAA